CAAUUGAUUGCUAUUUUAUUGCAAUUUAAGACGAGAUAUCCGUAAGUAAAAUGAAUUCAAAGUCAUUCGUGAAGAAAGUACUGAAACGGACUCCUCUUCGGACAAGUUUUAUGCAAAACUCGCAAACAUUUGCCUCGACUUCGAACAGCACUUCCAUAUACAGUGCUAUCAGUAGUAAACCGAUUGCCGUCGAGGAUUAUAACCGGGUUUUGAUGAAAAACCAAAGACUGGCCAAAGAGAACGCUGUCUUAAGGAAUCAAAUGAGUUGUUGUAAGGAAUCGCUGAAUAAGUCUUGUAAUGAAAACAUUGAACUCAAACAACAAGUGAUUAAAUCCAAGACUGAAAUCGAAAGACUGAGACGAGAGCUGAAGGACAAGAGCUCUGCAAACAUGACUCAAGUUUGCGAUCGAAUCAAAUACGCAAACAGUCUUCUGAUGGAUGAGUACUUCAGAGUGAAUGCAAUGAAAGAGCAAAUGAAUGAAUUCGGGAAUAAAAUCGAAACCAUGAGAGGAAUAAUGAGUUCAUUGGAGUCGAUGGUCGACACCAGAAUAACAGUCUUCUGA